UAAAAGGUUAUGCGGCGGUCAUAAAGGUUAAUAACGGGGUUGGCGCGUGGCCGGUGCUGAAAAGGCUCGCGCGGCUGAGGGAGCUCCUCAUUCUCUCCCUCAACUCCUCCUCGGCGCCUCCGGCUCGCCCUCGACUCCUCCUCGGCGCCUCCGGCUCGCCCUCGACUCCUCCUAACCCUCGGCUCUCCCUCCCACAGCGCUUUCAGCGGCGGCCAGAGCCGCGACCGUCCCGCGGAGCUCCCCGGUUGCCGGAGUCACUCCGCCUUCAUUACCGGGGUGAUCAACACUCGAGCAUGGAGCUGCAGUCCGCGCCGCCCGCCAGAGCGUUGCUGGCCUUGGCCUUGCUGAUAGCUCUGCCAUCAUGUUGUCUCUGUCUGGAUAAGCUGAACAUGUGCAUGGAUGCCAAACACCAUAAAACAGAACCGGGCCCAGAAGGUGAACUCUACAAGCAGUGUGCUCCAUGGCGUGAGAACGCUUGCUGCACCGCCAACACUACAGCAGAAGCACAUGAGGACAACUCUUACCUCUACAACUUCAACUGGAACCACUGUGGGGUCAUGAGUGAACAGUGCAAGAGUCAUUUCAUCCAGGACACAUGUUUCUACGAGUGCUCUCCACACCUGGGACCCUGGAUACAGCAGGUGGACAGCUCCUGGCGUAAGGAGCGAAUACUUGAUGUCCCGCUGUGUCUGGAGGACUGUGAGGGCUGGUACAAAGACUGCAAAGACGACUUCACAUGCAAAGACAACUGGCACAUAGGCUGGGACUGGAGCUCAGGCGUGAAUUACUGCCCUAAAUACGCUCAUUGCCGCAAGUGGACCGAGGUCUUCCCGGACGCUAAGAGCAUGUGUGAGAAGAUCUGGUCCAACUCCUACAAGUACACCACGCUCACCAAGGACAGCGGCCGCUGCAUGCAGAUGUGGUUCACCGGACUCAACCCCAACAAAAAGGUCGCAGAAUACUACCUCAACCGGGCCCCUGGAACCGGCACGGGCCUCACGCUCUCCCUCGCGGCCGUUCUGUCGACGCUCCUGCACUGAGAUCAAUAAAACAAGGGAAGGACAACGAAAGGGUUCUGCUCUUUAUUGUGUUUGUAUGUCUCCCUGUUUAAUUCUGUUAAAGUAACACAUUUACUUGGGGAAUGUAGGCUAACUGUCUCUUUGAGGUAAAGUACAAUAGAGAACAGAGCAACUUAAUGAAACGAAAUCAUGUUAUUUUUGGGGGACUCGCUUUUUUACAUAGAAAAUAAAACUGCAUUUUCCUUUCUAGCUACCAUCGGCGAAACGGGAAGUGUCUGAUAGGCACGACUGUGUAAAACAAUGAUGUAAUGUCACACGUUAUAAACAUUAAACAUGUGUUGCUGCCUA